AUGGAGCAGUUCCGGAGGCUUUUUGACAAACUGGACCAAAACAACGAUGGCUUUAUUUCCAAAGGAGAGCUGCACAAUGAGAUGAAGAGGCAUGGGAUCCUGUCUGCAGAUGGGAAGGUGCAGAAUGUCAUUGACUCCUACGACCAAAACCAAGAUGGCCUGUUGGACUACACAGAGUUCCUCAGUUACAUGAUGGACAGAGAGAAGAAAUGGAAAAUCCACUUUGAGGAUUUGGACAGAGACCACUGCGGUGUGAUCGAUCAGGAGGACAUCGUCAGCCUGUUCCAGCAGUUAGGAGUCGUCAUCACCAAAACCAGCGCACGGCAAAUCAUUCAAAUGAUGGACAAAGACAACUCUCUGACUGUGGACUGGAGCGAGUUCUUACAUCACGUCAUCAUUAACCCUGUGGACAACAUCGGAGAACUGGUCUCCUCCUGGAAACACAAUGUGGUGUUCGAUGUGGGGGAGAGCAGAGCGAUGCCCAUGGAGCUCUGUGAGGAGCCCGGAGCCUGGAGCAGCUUCGUUCUGUCGGCUGGUUUAGCAGACGCUGUGUCCAGGACGGUGACCGCGCCCAUCGACCGACUCAAAACUCAACUGCAGGUGCACGGGUCUGGGGCGUUCUCCCGGGGCUUCCAGGAGCUGCGUUCGGGGGGUGUGCGGUCCAUGUGGCAGGGAAACGCUGUGAAUGUCCUGAAGGGAACACCUCAGUCCACUCUGCAGUGUCUGAUCUACGCACAGAUGAAAGCCUACACUCAGGACCAGUACCGGGACAGUCUGACGGUGCAGCAGAGGUUUGCUUUGGGCUGUGUCUCUGGAGCUGUGGCCCACGCCGCCUUCUACCCCCUCGAGGUGCUGAAGGUGCGGCUGAACCUGCUCCAGGCCGGAACCUACCGCGGAGUCGUGGCCUGUGCUCGGUCCAUUUACACAAACGAAUCCAUGGCGUCGUUUUACCGAGGGUUCAAACCCAGCCUCCUCUGCAUGAUCCCCUACGCCGGCGUGGAGUGUGCCGUCCACCAGUCGAUAAUGACCUGGGCCAAGACUAACUCGGACUACAACAGUGAGACUCAGCUGUUUUUCUUCAGUUUUGUAGCUUUCGCCUCGGGACAAAUGACCAGUUACCCUCUGGCUGUGAUCCGGACUCACCAACAAGCAGAAGCGUUCUGUCCAACAUCCCGUCUGUCAACAGGAGUGCUACAUGGACUUUUAGGAAUUUAUGAGAGAAAUGGACUUCGAGGACUCUCGCGACACUUGGGUGAAUAUGUAGAUCCGCCAUCUUGUCCCUCCUCCUCGCGCUGUCUCUGUCCGCAGCCUGGUCCCAGAGCAGAUAUGGCCGACUAUAGCAGCGUGGCUCCACCGUCUUCUAACGCCCCAGCAGGAAUGAACGACGCUUUUCAGGACGCAUUGCAGCGAGCACGACAGAUUGCAGCCAAGAUUGGUGGUGAUGGAGUAACAGGAGGCCCCACGAGUGACUUUGGUUUCGGAGGGCAGAAAAGGCCCCUGGAGGACGCUGGUGGGUAUUUUCCAAUGCCUAUCCUCAAUGCCGAUCAACCAGAGACAAAGAAAGUGGCAACGAAUGACGCUUUUGCGGCGAUGGCAGCAAUGGGUGUCCCAGGCAGGGCAACAAACGAAGAGGUCAAGGUUCCCGAUGGCAUGGUUGGCUUCAUCAUCGGAAGAGGAGGAGAACAGAUUUCGCGGAUACAGCAAGAUUCCGGUUGUAAAAUACAGAUCGCUCCUGACAGUGGUGGAAUGCCAGAGAGAUCGGUGACUUUAACCGGAUCCCCCGACUCUAUCCUGGCAGCGAAACGGUUGCUGCAGGAGAUUGUGGAGAAGGGUCGCCCCGCUCCGUCCUUCCACCACAACAACAACAACAAUGACGGCGGUCCAGGCAUGUCGGUCCAGGAGAUUAUGGUCCCUGCGUCUAAAGCUGGACUCGUGAUCGGCAAAGGAGGGGAGACCAUCAAGAGCUUACAGGAGAGAGCUGGAGUUAAAAUGGUCAUGAUUCAAGAUGGUCCUCAGAACACAGGAGCAGACAAACCACUGCGGAUCUCUGGGGAUCCUUUUAAAGUUCAGCAAGCCAAAGAGAUGGUGCUGGAGCUGAUCCGGGAGCAGGGCUUCCGGGAGCAGAGGGGCGAGUAUGGAUCUCGCGUCGGAGGUGGCGGCGGCGGCGGCGGUGGUGGCGGAGGAGACAGUCUAGACGUCCCUGUCCCACGCUUCGCAGUCGGAAUCGUCAUCGGCAGAAACGGAGAAAUGAUCAAGAAGAUUCAGAGCGACACAGGCGUCCGGAUCCAGUUCAAACCAGACGACGGCAACACUCCAGACCGGAUAGCUCAGAUCAUGGGCCCUCCAGACGCCUCUCAGCACGCAGCAGAGAUCAUCACAGACCUGCUGAGGAGCGUCCAGGCGGGAGGACCUCCGGGACACGGGGGAGGAGGCGGCAGAGGGAGGGGCCGGGGGCAGGGCAACUGGAACAUGGGGCCCCCAGGGGGACUCCAGGAGUUCAGCUUCACUGUGCCCACCAUGAAGACGGGUCUCAUCAUCGGCAAAGGCGGCGAGACGAUCAAAGGCAUCAGCCAACAGUCCGGUGCGAGACUCGAGCUGCAGAGAAACCCGCCGCCGAACUCGGACCCCAACGUCAAGAUGUUCACGGUGCGCGGGUCGCCUCAGCAGAUCGACUACGCACGGCAGCUUGUCGAGGAGAAGAUCGGGGGACCAGUGAAUCCCAUCGGAGGAGGACCAGGACCACACGGCCCCCCAGGACCCCCUGGACCUCCUGGAGCACCCAUGGGACCCUACAACCCCGGCCCCUACAACCAGGGCCCCCCCGGACCUCAUGGUCCUCCCGGUGCCCAGUACCAGCCUCAGGGAUGGGGGAAUGGCUACCCGCACUGGCAGCAGGGGCAGCCUGAUCCAAAUAAAGCGGCAGCAGACGCCAACGCGGCGGCAUGGGCGGCUUAUUACGCUCAGUACGGACAACAGCCACAGGCGCCACCCGCCUCCGGAGCUCCAGGGACCUCCCAAACAAACGGACAAGGUCAGCAGAAUCAGCCGCCUCAGGACUACACCAAGGCCUGGGAGGAGUAUUAUAAGAAACAAGGUCAGGCCGCCCCUCAGGCCGCCGCUGCAGCCGCACCAGCCACUGCCCCCGGUGGCCAGCCCGACUACAGCGCGGCGUGGGCAGAGUACUACAGACAGCAGGCCGCCUACUACGGCUCCGGGAACCCCCAGGCCCCACAGGCUCCUCAGGCUCCCACAGGCCGCCGCCCUGACCUCCCAGAGUCUCCCCCCCCCCCUCCCUCAGUCUCCCUCCCUCCCUCAGUCUCACUCAGUCUCCCUCCCUCCCUCAGUCUCCCUCCCUCCCUAAGUCUCCCUCCCUCCCUCAGUCUCCCUCCCUCCCUCAGUCUCCCUCCCUCCCUCAGUCUCCCUCCCUCAGUCUCCCUCACUCCCUCAGUCUCCCUCCCUCAGUCUCCCCUCCCUCCUCAGUCUCCCUCACUCCCUCAGUCUCCCUCACUCCCUCAGUCUCCCUCACUCCCUCAGUCUCCCUCACUCCCUCAGUCUCCCUCCCUCCCUCAGUCUCCCUCCCUCCCUCAGUCUCCCUCCCUCCCUCAGUCUCCCUCACUCCCUCAGUCUCCCUCCCUCCCUCAGUCUCCCUCCCUCCCUCAGUCUCCCUCCCUCCCUCCCUAG